UCUCAUGCAUAGAACAUUUUUUUUUUUUUGGAUAAAAAGAAACCAAGUUACUAUUCACCAAUCAAUUCAAUUUGCUAUAUAUAACGUCAACAAGACUUGGAGUUAUUUUUUACAUGAAACUGCGAGAGAAAAACCCGUUUGACCAUACCUCAUUACUCCUCCUCCUUCUGUCGGCGGCGCCACCCAUCACAGCCACCGCUUGUACCACAACCACCAUCGUAAACGAAAAGGAAACCUACGACGCCGUUGGCCCGUUGUCAUUGUUACGUGGAACACGAACGUAAAUGUGACAUUGUAUUUGAUCACAUUCCAUGACAAAACGAACAACCCAUCUCCAUUUUCCAAUGUGGAUUUGUUUCGUUUGAAGGUGUUUGAUCCGGUUUUGCAGCUUUUCUGUUUCGGCGUCAAUGGCGGCAAUUGUGAAGGAGAUCCUGGCCCGGCCGAUCCAGCUGGCCGACCAUGUCACCAAAGCCGCCGACGAGGCACAGUCUUUCCGACAAGACUGCUUGGAGCUCAAAUCCAAAACAGAGAAGCUCGCCGGCCUCCUCCGCCAGGCCGCGCGUGCGAGCAACGACCUCUACGAGCGUCCAACACGUCGCAUCAUCGACGACACCGAGCAAGUCCUCGAGAAGGCCCUCUCUCUGGUCAUCAAGUGCCGCGCCAACGGCAUCAUGAAGCGCGUAUUCACCAUCAUUCCCGCCACGGCGUUCCGAAAGACGUCGCAGCAGCUCGAGAAUUCCAUCGGCGACGUGUCGUGGCUGCUCCGCGUCUCGGCCCCCUCCGACGACCGAGACGACGAGUACCUCGGCCUGCCGCCGAUCGCCACCAACGAGCCUAUCCUCUGCGUCAUUUGGGAGCAGAUAGCUAUUCUUUACACCGGCUCGUUGGAGGAGCGCUCGGAUGCGGCAGCCUCUCUGGUUUCAUUGGCCAGAGACAAUGACAGAUACGGAAAGCUCAUCAUCGAGGAAGGUGGGGUCCCACCGCUGUUGAAGGUAGCUAAGGAAGGGGGAAACAAGGAGGGCCAAGAAAAUGCAGCUCGUGCGAUCGGCUUACUAGGCCGGGACCCUGAGAGCGUGGAGCAGAUUGUGCAAUCUGGGGUUUGCCCGGUGUUUGCGAAAAUACUCAAAGAUGGUCACAUGAAGAUUCAGGCAGUUGUGGCCUGGGCGGUUUCGGAACUGGCCGAGCACCAUCCCAAAUGCCAGGAUCCGUUUGCGCAGAACAAUGUGAUAAGAAUGCUGGUGAGUCAUCUCGCGUUCGAGACCAUCCAGGAACAUAGCAAGUAUGCAAUCGCUAGUAAGCAGAACAUGUCGCUUCAUUCGAUUGUGAUGGGGAAUAAUAGUAACAGGCCCGAUAUGUUGGUUGAGCAUAGUUCUUCUGGUCAUGUUCCGCAUCCGAUAACAGGGAAUCAUCAGGUAUCUAAUCAGAUGCAGAAUUUGGUGCAGACUCUGGCAAAGAAUAAGCCAACUAAUGCUGGAGGGGGAGCAGCUCACAAUCAUCACCAUCAUCCUAAUUCGCAGGGCAAUGCAAAGCCGCACCACCACGGUCAAAACCCAGCUAAUGUUUUGUCCGGGAAUAGCCUUAAGGGGAGGGAGUACGAAGACCCGAUUACCAAGGCUGAGAUGAAGGCAAUGGCGGCAAGGGCGCUGUGGAAGCUUGCUAAGGGGAAUGUCACUGUCUGCCAUAGCAUCACAGAGUCAAGGGCGCUUUUGUGCUUUGCGGUUUUGAUAGAAAAGGGUACUGAGGAUGUUAAGAGGUAUUCGGCUUAUGCGUUGGCGGAAAUCACCGCGGUAGCAGAGCAGAAUUCGGACUUGAGGCGCAAUGCCUUCAAGCCUACUUCCCCUGCUGCCAAGGCUGUGCUGGAACAAUUGUUGAGAAUCAUAGAAAAGGCGGAUGAUGAGCUUCUUAUACCUUGCGUACAGUCUAUUGGGAACUUGGCAAGGACUUUUCGAGCAACAGAAACAAGGCUAAUCGGGCCAUUGGUGAAGCUGCUUGACGAAAGAGAACCAGAGGUUUCUGUUGAGGCUGUGGUUGCACUCAUCAAGUUUGCAUGCACCGACAAUUUUCUCCAUGUCAAUCACUGUAAAGCAAUUACAGAUGCAGGAGGAACCAAGCAUCUAAUUCAGCUGGUUUACUUUGGAGAACAAAUGUUGCAGAUUCCUUCAUUAGUUCUUUUAUGUUACAUUGCCAUGCAUAUUCCAGAUAGUGAGACACUUGCUCAGGAAGAAGUGCUUAUUGUGCUGGAAUGGUCAACAAAGCAGGCUCAUCUUGCUAAUGAACCAUCAAUUGAACCAUUAUUACCAGAAGCCAAAAGUAGGUUGGAGCUUUACCAAUCCAGAGGUUCAAGAGGAUUUUAUUGAUGUAAUCAAGGUGUAAAAUAUUAACUGUUUAGGGGAAUAUUAAAAACUUGCAGUGUUAAUGUUUUGUUA